AUGCUAGCAUUCAUUGUACCUGUCUUAGGACUGUACUAUGGAAUACAAUACAUAUUCCUCCUGCACCCUUCAUGGCUUAGACAUAAGAAAAAGACCAAGUUAUAACUUCCAGCACCUCCAACCAAGCUUAAGAAAUACGUCCAUUCUCACAGAGCAGGAGGAUCAUAUGAAAAACCGGAAAGUACUCUUAAUGCAUUCAAGCAUUCUGCAUAAAUUGGCGCUCUGGUUGAGACUGAUGUCCAAAUGACUAAGGAUGGAGUUUUAGUCGCUUUUCAUGAUGAUGACUUAAUAAGAACGUGUGGAGUUGACAAAAAAAUUAGCGAAACAGACUAUGCCGAUUUACCUUAACUCAGAUCACCAAUUCCAAUUUGGUUUUCUUAUGGAGAUUAAUACUUUUUCAAACCUGAAGAUGAAGGUCAUUCAUAGAUUCCUUCUCUCACUGAGGUUUUUGAAGCGCUACCAGCAACCACAAUUAUAAUGCUUGAAUUGAAAAACGCAGCAGAUUAAAAUGCCAGGAAAUAAUUGGUUGAGCUUAUAAAGAAGCAUGAUCGUUAGAGUACAACUAUUGUAGGUACUGGCUAAAGUGCCUACAAUAGACUCCUCAGUGGUUUAGAUGAAAAUCUUCCGAUUUUUAUGCCAGAGCUAAAAGUUAUAAAGUAUUUCCUAUACUAUUUGGUUGGAAUCCUAGCUUAUGUUAAAAUAGAGGAAGAUGUAGCAUCUCUACCAUAUAUGUCGAGACAGUAUGCUUCGGCGAAAUGGAGAUAAGAAAAAAGUGUCAAGACUUUCUUCUAUAUACCUAUUACAUGGAUAAUGAGUCAUCUCUGCGACGCCAUGAUAGUAAACUUUAACGAAAGAGGCAUUUACACAAAUUACUACGUUGCAAAUGAAGAGAGUGACAUCAAGAAUGCUUUUAAAAGAUCAAGUAUCCAAGGAGUAAUGACUGACAAACCAUCUCUUGCUUUGGAAGUCCUAAAUAAACUAAGCGAUGAAUUAAAGUGA